CUGAAAUGUCCCAGAUCGAGACGAGAUUAGUCAGCAGGAUGGCGAUUCCGAAGGAUUUGCCGAGUGCAACCGACGCAUAUUGAAACAUCGCACUCUCGUUUUGAUGACUCUUUCCAAAAGCUCCGAUAAUGCUCCUCCAACUUGUACAAGGCCUUGAAGGUCUCAAUGCUUCUACGAUUUUCUAUGGUUCCAUAGCGCUCGUGCUGCUGCUAAGCCUAGUCUUUGCGGCUAUCGUCCGAAAUGGAAACACUUCUAAAACACGCAGAUCACUUCGACACCUGCGCAAACUCGGCCUAUCCAGCAGCAGCAGCAACAUGACAGACCAAUAUCAUCCCAAAUACGCCAUACCAGAGCACACCGCAGCCAAUGGUCCAAUCCGCAUCAAAUCAAUCUACAUCCACCCGGUCAAAUCAUGCGGGCCCAUCGAACUGAAUCGGGCCUUACUUACCAAAACCGGCUUCAUGUACGAUAGAUGUUUCGCAAUUGCAGCCGAGACAGACGGUAAAUGGCGGUUUAUCAGCCAACGAACUAAGCCGGGGAUGGCGCGGAUUGAGACCGAAUUGUGGCUUCCGCACGAGGGGAGUGAUUCGUCUGAUGUGUUGGUGAAGGCGGGUGGGUGUGUAGUUUUGAGAUUUAGGGAUCCGGAUGUUCCUGAUUGGUCUAAGUGGUUCGAGACGUUUUUUUAUACGGGUGAUUUCUUUGCAACACCUGAGGUAGCUGUCGUCGUGCCUCUCCAGCCUGUGGAUAAGUUGAAGUCCAAGACAUUCAACAUCCACCGCCGUGACACGAAUGGUCUCGAUUUGGGGCAGAUUCCGUCUAUCGCAGCAGCGCUGCCUAAGUUGAAGAGAUUCCUUGAAAUCCCGGAGAGACAACCAUUCACGCUCUUGAGAUGUACACCCGAAUCUCUCCUCCGUACGGAUUUGAAUCUCGCAUCGCUGGAAAACAUCGGUUCGCCGGCUGUGCAUGGCUACACGGAUCAGCAACCAGUCAACAUCAACAGCUUAUCAUCGGUACACGCUGUAUCCACUCUCCUGCCAAAGGAAAACCAACCUAUGAAUGCACUUCGUUUCCGCGCAAAUAUCUGGGUUACAGGUGCUCCUGCAUACGCAGAGGAAGCAUGGAAGCGUUAUCGCAUCUUACCCAAACCGGGAAACACAGAACCACGGGCUGAUGUAGCACCGGCAUUAUCCGUAGUCUGCCGCACGUCUCGAUGCACAAUACCUAAUGUCAACCCAGACACGGGCAAAUUUGACGCGGACAUCCCGCCGCCAGAAAAGAAAAAGGGUAAACCGCAGCCCAGCACGACUUUGGUGGAGUAUCGGAUGGUCGAAACGGGAAAUAAAGCGGCACUUGGAUACUUGGGUAUGCAUUGCGUGCCGGAGGAUCGGGACUUUAGAAAAGCUGAGGAACAGGGGGAGGGAUUGUACGUUGAGGUUGGGGAUGAGAUUGAGGUGCUUAAAACUGGAGUGCAUGUUUAUGGGUCGACGGGGAAUGAUUACUAGAGUUGCGCUACGAUAUGUUAGAUUUAGACUGCACAUACGCUCUGGUUUGAACUCCUAUACAUAUGCAGGGAAUUCUGAUACCAUCCCAAGAACUCGCGAUAGCAUGAAAUGGUCUUCUGAAGUGAUUAUUUGCCAAAUUGGGAUUUGGAGUCCAUAUACCCACUUUAACCCCUCUACCCGCUCUAUGGAAAUCUUGAUCAUUCUCGG